CCCUUUCUUUCUUCUCACUCUUGCGCCCUCCGCGCGCUUUUGACCGGACCAAAUUUACGGCUGCUCGGAAUCCUCCUGCCGCCGGCUGAGUGGGGAAUCGGUAGGAGAGAGAGAAGGAAUGGCGUCGUGGAAUUCGAUUCCUCUGGAAAUCAUAUACGAAGUGAUGGGAUGGGCGGCGUUCGUGAGUUGGUCCAUCAGCUUCUACCCGCAAGUCGUUUUGAAUUUCCGCCGGAAAAGUGUGGUGGGUCUGAACUUCGAUUUCGUGGUGCUGAAUUUGACGAAGCACUCCUCUUACCUCAUUUACAACGCCACUCUCUACUUCAGCUCCGCCGUCCAGAUGCAGUACUUCGAAAAGUACGGCGAGAAACAGAUGAUACCUGUUGCAGCAAAUGAUGUUGCAUUCUCUAUUCAUGCUGUUUUACUGACGGCAAUUACCCUGUACCAAAUAUUAAUCUAUGAACGCGGAAAUCAGAAGUUCUCCAAGAUUUCCAUUGGAAUUGUUGCUGCCGUGUGGUUAGGUGCUGCGGUUUGUGUUUUCUUAGCUUUGCCAAGCCAUUCCUGGCUUUGGUUGAUCUCCAUUUUCAACUCAAUUCAAGUUUUUAUGACAUGCAUCAAAUAUAUACCCCAGGCGGUCAUGAACUUCUUGCGGAAGAGCACAGAUGGAUUCAGCAUUGGCAACAUUUUACUUGACUUUUCUGGAGGGGUGGCUAAUUAUGCACAAAUGGCCAUGCAGUCUAUAGAUCAAGAUUCUUGGGUGAACUUUUAUGGAAAUAUAGGAAAGACUUUGCUGUCUUUGAUAUCUAUAUUCUUUGACCUUCUAUUCAUGGGUCAACAUUUCGUGCUGUAUCGUGGAAAGAAAGCUCUGAUCUCCCCUAAAAUCAUCAACAAGGAGAGCACAGAACCGCUUGUCAAGUCUUCCGAUGACUCAGUUUCAGAAAACGUAUAGAGCUAUGAGCUUGGCUUGGCUUGGCCUCUCAACAUGUAUGAUGUUAGCUUACAUCUGGUAUGUAAGAUUUAGUCAGCUUUCGAUUGUCUCUUGUAUUUUACUUUGUUUGUGUACAGGGAAAUAAAAACAAACAUGUAUUUGGAGCAUCAAAAGCAGCCACAAUGUAUGAACAUUAUGCAGUGCAAUUAUAUGUACUGCUAGUUUUACUGAA